AUGGUCAAGUUCUCUAAGCAGUUUGAGGGCCAACUCAUUCCUGAAUGGAAAGAGGCCUUUGUUGAUUACUGGCAACUCAAGAAGGACCUUAAAAAAGUCCAACCUUUUAAUAAUACCAACAACAAUACACCCAACAAGCACCAAACUAGUAGUAGUAGUAUUAGUACUCGUUCUGUACCCAAGUACAUCUUUUCAUCACUAAGAAACUACUCUUUAUUUGGUCAUCAGCAUAGAGAUCAUGGACCAAUUCAAGUCCAUAGGAAACUUGCCUCAUCAUCUUUUAAUGGUGACAUGUAUGAGACUGAACUGCUUGAGCAAUUUGCUGACACUGAUGCUACUAAGGAAUUUUUUGCAUGUUUGGACCAGCAACUAAACAAGGUCAAUAAAUUUUAUAGAACAAAGGAGAAGGAGUUCAUGGAUAGAGGGGAUUCCUUGAAAAAACAAAUGGACAUUCUCCUUAUGCUCAAAUCUGCAUUCAAGGAACAGCAGGGUAAAGCAGGCUCUUCCCAUGGCUCCAAGGAGGACCAAUCUAUCUCCUGCACAUUCUCUAAUGAGGAGGACUCUGUUAGGAACAGAACACAGCAAGAAGAAGUGCAGGACACUACUAGCAUUGAAGAUUUAGAGAAAAAUGAAGCCCCAUUUUCAGAUUCCCCUCGUGCAGAUGAAGUUGGGAAGACUACGCAGAUAAAAAGAGACGAUGGAAAAUUCAGAACACUUUCUGGCCGCAUCAUCAAUUGCCAAGGGAAGAAUCUGAGGAUAAACAUUCCUUUGACAACACCGUCUCGAACCUUUUCGGCCAUAAGCUACCUGCUCAGGGAAGAUUUGCUCAAUCAGUCUUCAAGGAAAUGUGGUCCAGAAGGUGGAAAAAUUCAUCUAAACAAAUCUAAUUUGCACCAUGCUGAAAAGAUGAUCAAAGGAGGCUUUAUUGAACUCUACAAAGGACUAGGAUAUCUCAAAGUCUACAGGAACUUGAACAUGCUUGCAUUUAUAAAGAUUCUGAAGAAGUUUGACAAGGUCACUGCAAAACAAAUUCUUCCUAUCUAUCUCAAAGUGGUUGAGAGUUCCUAUUUCAAUAGCUCAGACAAGGUGAUGAAGUUAGCCGAUGAAGUUGAGGAACUGUUUAUCAAAAACUUUGCCGAAGAUAAUCGACGAAAGGGCAUGAAAUACCUUAGGCCAAGCCAGCGCAAAGAAUCACAUGCUGUAACUUUCUUCAUUGGACUAUUUACCGGAUGCUUCGUGGCGCUUCUAGCGGGAUAUGCUAUAAUGGCUCAUGUAACUGGUCUGUACAGACCACAUCAAAAUUCAGUUUACAUGGAAACUGCCUACCCUGUGCUUAGCAUGUUCAGCCUAGUAUUUCUACAUUUCUUUCUUUAUGGUUGCAACAUUCUUGCAUGGAGAAGGACUCGUAUAAACUACAGCUUCAUUUUUGAAUUGGCCCCUACCAAGGAACUCAAGUACAGAGAUAUAUUCUUGAUUUGUACAAUGGCAAUGACUAUUGUGGUAGGGGUAAUGUUUCUUCAUCUGACUCUACUGACAAAAGGUUAUUCUUAUGUCCAAGUUCAAGACAUUCCAGGACUUCUUCUUCUGGGCUUCUUACUAAUCCUAGUAUGUCCCUUCAACGUUAUAUACCGGUCAAGCCGUUACCGUUUCCUUUGUGUGAUAAGGAACAUAAUUUUGUCACCCCUUUACAAGGUUGUCAUGCUGGAUUUUUUCAUGGCUGAUCAACUUUGUAGUCAGGUGCCAAUGCUCAGGAAUCUUGAGUACGUGGCAUGCUAUUAUAUAACUGGUAGCUACAAAACUCAGGACUAUGGAUACUGCAUGAGGACAAAGCACUAUAGAGAUUUAGCCUAUGCAGUGUCAUUUCUACCCUAUUAUUGGAGGGCUAUGCAGUGUGCUAGAAGAUGGUUUGAUGAAGGGCAGACAAGUCACCUAGUGAAUCUAGGAAAAUAUGUAUCAGCAAUGUUAGCAGCAGGUGCCAAAGUGGCUUAUGAGAAAGAUGGGAGUGUAGGGUGGCUUUGUCUCCUUGUGAUCAUGUCAAGUGCUGCAACUGUAUACCAAUUGUAUUGGGACUUUGUAAAAGACUGGGGUUUGCUUCAAAUGAAUUCCAAGAAUCCAUGGCUAAGGAAUGAAUUAAUGCUUCGGAGAAAAGUGAUUUACUACUUGUCAAUGGGAUUAAACCUUAUUCUCAGGCUUGCUUGGUUGCAAACUGUCCUCCAUUCAAGUUUUGAAAACGUUGAUUAUAGAGUAACUUGCUUAUUUUUAGCAGCUCUUGAAGUUAUUAGACGAGGGCUGUGGAAUUUCUUCAGAUUGGAGAAUGAGCAUCUAAAUAAUGCUGGCAAGUUUAGAGCAGUGAAGAUAGUACCACUUCCUUUUCAUGAAGUGGAUGAGGAAGACUAAUAUAAUAAAGCCAUUUGCAGAUUUAUUCCAUGGCAGGGGUAUGCUUCCAGAC